AUGUCUGCUCCUGCUGCCCUUGAUGCUGCCUGUAUUUUUUGCAAGAUUAUUAAAGGUGAAAUUCCAUCCUUCAAACUGAUUGAAACUAAGUACUCAUAUGCUUUCUUGGACAUCCAACCUACCGCUGAAGGUCAUACCUUAAUCAUUCCUAAGUACCACGGUGCGAAAUUGCAUGACAUCCCAGACGAAUUUCUUACCGACGCCAUGCCGAUUGCUAAGAGACUGGCCAAGGCAAUGAAAUUGGACACUUAUAAUGUGUUGCAGAAUAAUGGUAAGAUUGCACAUCAAGAAGUCGACCAUGUCCAUUUCCAUUUAAUUCCCAAGAGAGAUGAGAAAACUGGUUUGAUUGUAGGGUGGCCAGCUCAGGAAACGGAUUUUGACAAGUUGGGCAAGCUACACAAAGAGUUGCUUACUAAACUAGAAGGCUCCGAUUAG